AUGCAGUCAACCGACCCUCAAGGCGGCGAGAGUAGCAGACAAAGAGCAACAGGGAUUCAGGCACCUCGAAUCUCUGCGAUACACACGGAACCUUCUUUAAGAUCACCGAUAGAACCUCGUGAACCAAGCACUCGAGCUACACUCGAAGAGCUAGACGAAGACGUGUCGGACCUCGGUUUUGACCUUGAUUCGCUACCUAGUACCGUAUCUAAGGCCGGAAAGCCAUACAAGAGCGAGGUUGAUUCUCGAAGACUUCUUGGAUAUAAAGACCACGUAAAGGGUGUGGCACGUGAGGAGUCACGUGCCGCCGUGGCUACUGCCCCCUUAAGGGGCAGCCCACAUUGUAAGCUUCUAGAACCGUCUUUUGAAGAGGCCGUUAGUGGAUUGUUAGAUGACGGUUUAGAUAACCUUUUACUUGCUUUUAAGGGUAGAGACAGGUACAUUGCAUUGCAUCGCAUUGCAUUACAUCACAUCGCAUCGCAUUACAUCACAUUGUGUCACGCUGAGGGAGGGGAGGGAGGGAUGCGGCAUGAUCGUAAGCGUGAUCAAGGUCGUGGUAGUGAUCGGGAUCGGGGUCGUGAUCGGGGUGUAACGUAA